CGUUGUACUGGUUGCUACUUAAUUUGAUAGCUUCAGUUAGCAACAUAGCGACGUUAGCUACUCUGUUUCGACAAUGUCAGACUGAAAAAACGCGCAUGCAGGCAGAAAUUCAACCCUGCUCCUCUGUCGGGAGAGGCAAACUAACGAGGACCUUUAACGGACCACAGGAAUAUAAGUAAUCGAGGAAUGGAGACAUGUCGGGAAUUCAGGACCCAACAGAGACUAUCGGCCCAAAGGAGGGCUGGCAGGUGUACAGCUCGGCCCAGGAUGCUGAUGGGCGCUGUAUCUGCACAGUGGUGGCACCAGAACAGAGCCUGUGCUCCAGAGAUGCCAAGAGCAGACAGCUCCGCCAGCUACUAGAGAAGGUGCAGAACAUGUCUCAGUCCAUUGAGGUGCUGAACCUGCGAACUCAGAGGGAUUUCCAAUAUGUCAUGAAGAUGGAAAACCAGAUGAAGGGCCUGAGGACGAAGUUCAGACAGAUUGAGGACGACAGGAAAUCCAUCAUAGCCAGAAACUUCCAGGAGCUUAAGGACAAGAUGGACGAGCUGAAGCCGUUGAUCCCUGUACUGGAGCAGUACAAGAUGGAUGCUGCACUCAUUUCCCAGUUCAAGGAGGAGAUCAGAAACCUCUCAGCAGUGCUGACAGGCAUCCAGGAGGAGCUUGGGGCCUAUGACUACGAUGAGCUCUAUCAGCGAGUCCUGCGGCUGGACAACAGGCUCCGCAGCUGCAUGGGCAAACUAACGUGUGGGAAAUUAAUGAAAAUCACUGGACCUGUUACAAUAAAGACAUCUGGAACCCGGUUUGGGGCAUGGAUGACUGAUCCUCUAGCAUCGACCAGAAACAACAGGGUUUGGUAUAUGGACAGUUACACCAACAGCAAGAUUGUACGCGAGUAUAAGACAAUGGACGACUUUGUAGCAGGGGUGGUCUCCCGAACCUACAGCCUGCCCUUUAAAUGGGAGGGAACCAAUCAUAUUGUCUACAAUGGAUCGCUUUACUACAACAAGUACCAGAGCAACAUUAUUGUCAAGUACAGCUUCGAGACAGGCAGCGUCCUUGCCCAGCGAGCUUUGGAGUUUGCCGGCUUCCACAACAUGUACCCAUAUACGUGGGGGGGAUACUCCGACAUCGAUGUCAUGGCUGACGAGCUGGGAAUGUGGGUUGUGUAUGCGACCAACCAAAAUGCCGGAAAUGUUGUCAUCUCCCAGAUUGAUGCUGACACCCUGCAGGUCCUGAAGACUUGGAACACCGAAUACUCCAAAAGGAAUGCAGGUGAAUCAUUCAUGAUCUGUGGGACGCUCUACAUCACUAACUCACACCUGUCGGGAGCAAAGGUUUACUACGCUUACUCUACGAAGACUUCCACAUACGAAUACAUAGACAUUCCUUUCCACAACCAGUACUUUCAUAUCUCCAUGCUCGACUACAACGCCAGAGAGAGAGCACUGUAUGCCUGGAAUAACGGACACCAGGUAAUAUUUAAUGUCACUCUCUUCCACGUCAUAAAAACUGACGAUGACUCUUAAACAUGAUAAUUUUCCAACCACAACUAAAGCACCAUCAUUUGUGAUACGAGAACUUCCUAAAUAACCAUGUUUGUCAAAAAUGGACUAUGCUAUCUUUACUUGCCACUACUUGAACUUUUUUUAAUUUGUGGCUCUUGAUUCUUGGCUGAAUUGAGCAUGGGCAUCAAUGACUUUCUGGAAAACAUGUUAUUUUACAUUGUUUUUUUUACAUUUUUCCAUUGCUGCUGAUCAGACUGGUAUGCCUUAUUUGCUAUGUGUUGGGUCUGCCAGCCGAAGACUCUGGAAAGCUUUUGCAUGAAUGUCCACAGUUUUUCUGCAGUGAUUUCCUCUAAUGUUGCUGUGUUUUUGUUGCAAAUCUGUUUUGCUUAUAGUGUUUGCAUUUUUGUCUAUUUAAAAGUCUAUUUAACACUAUUUAAACCUUAGAGGCAACCUCUCUUGCAUAAUUGCUACCAUGUUAAGCUAGCUGAUAACAAAAUAGAGUACCAUUCUUUUAAAGAUGGGCCUGUAAAAUAUUGCUGUUAUGUAUGUAUCCGUGAAAGGAGAACAUUUGUAUUUUUUAUAAAAGAAAACCAUGGGAGA